AUGAUCAUAGUGUGCCGGCCAGUGUGCCAUGGUUGAAAUUCUUAGCAUCGCCCGCAUUUUUGGUAUUGAUUUUGGUGCACAGCACACAUAACUGGGGCUUCUGGACGCUGCUUACCGAAAUUCCCACCUACAUGAAGAACGUUUACGGCAUGGAUAUCAAACAAAAUGCGCUACUUUCGGCUUUACCUUAUCUGGCUAUGUUCAUCAUGUGCUUUGUCUUCUCGGCCAUCUCAUCGGUGCUCGAUCGCAACCAAUGCAUACCACUUUCCAUCAGUCGAAAACUUUUCAAUUCGAUCGGUCAUUGGAUACCAAUGAUAUCGCUCAUUGGCUUGGGUUAUGUCAGUGCCGAUCAAACUUCACUGGCAAUUGGGCUGCUUACGAUCACAGUUGGUAUCAACGCGUCCACCUACUUGGGCUUCCAGGUCAAUCAUAUUGAUCUAUCACCUAACUUUGCCGGCGUACUAAUGGGCAUCACCAAUUGCGCGGCGAAUAUUAUGAGUAUUAUAGCGCCGUUGAUUGUUGGCUACAUAGUUACCGAAGAGGAAAAUCCGGAACAAUGGCGAAUAAUUUUCUUCAUUGCUAGCGGUUUCUACUUCAUCGGUAACUUGAUGUUUGUCAUAUUUGGUCGCACCAUAGUGCAGCCAUGGAACGAUCCGCAACCCCUUCCCUCAACGAAAAAGCGCAAUUCCACGCAACUGGAGUCCCAGCAUUAGAUACGUUGGCGCUACACUAGCGUUUAGUUUUGCUUGAUUUUGUUUUAUUUUGAGUUUUUCAUUAGGGCAAUUCGUCGAAAGGCGCAAAUGCCUCGUAACCACGUAAACCGCGUAAACUUAACUAAUUUUGUAUGGAAAACUGGUUUAUUCACGAGUUUUACGCAUUUGCGAGGCAUUUACGCGUUUAGAUGAAUACCCAUAUUUUAAUUUUUUUGUUCAUACCGCUGUGGUAUAUUGUUAUUUGCUUGUCUGCAUUUGUCUGUGUGUAAGUUAAGAUAUUAAAAUAUCGACUCUAUAGCAAAUACUUCGUAAAGUAGGAUUAAAUUAUCUACUAAAAUUAUGUAUCAUAAUUUAGAAGUGUGAUUGAACCAAGAACUAAGCAGUUUAAGCUUAAUUUUAAAAGUAAACAAAAAAAAAACAAAGAAAUAAAAAAACUAAUAACUGAGUUAGGCGCAUUAUGCAUUUCGCGAAUGUUGAGCGGUAAAAAUGGAUAAUUUGGAAGAAUUAAGACAAAUUUACAUAAUAAAGUGGAACAAAAGUAGAGCGAAUUCUUUUUGGGUUUCGCUUAGAAGAA